CAAAAACGCCCCUGACAUAUGAACAUCGCCGUCGGGGCGGUCUCGUCGUCGCUUAUCGGGUUCCCGCCGCCGCCACCCGCUGCGAAGCGACCUCUCGAGGACGCCGAGUCAUCGAAGCAACCUGCUGCUAAGAAGCGCCGCAGUCUGUCCAAGGCAGGACUCACGGAGGAGCACCAACUGGAACUGUUUUUGGGGAAGAUCAAGCGCCAAAUUCACGAAAAGUUUGGCGUCGAGCAUGUGCAGAUGAGCCACGAAAGCCGCAACGUGACCAUCUCAUGCUGGCAAUGUGGGAAGCAGAUCAAAAUCGCGACGGGCCAUGUGCACUUGCGAAGCAUGAACUCGCACUUGGAGCGAUGCAAAGGCAGUGCCGCGAUGAUGCCCAAGCCAGGCGAGGUAGACGACCAGACGAAGAAGGGGGCGCGGCGGUCGAGCAAGAAGGCAUUGUCCGAAGAAAACCUGGGCAUCAUGUUCUUGGAGAACGCCCGUCGACAGCUCAAGGAGAAGUUCAACGUCGACAACGUCACGAUGGUGCACAAAGGCCGCAACGUGUGCAUCUCGUGCUGGCAGUGCGGGAAGGCUGUGAAGAUCGCGGGCGGGCGGCUCAACCUGUCCAACUUGAAGGCCCAUCUCGACCGGUGCAAGCCGUCCAAGAAGCCGAAGCGCGUGCUCCCCGCGCAGCCGGCGGCCGUCAACACGUUUUUGUGCGCGGGGCUAGCGUCCGAGGAGAUCCGCAACUACUGCUCGAACGCGAUGCGCAUGUUUGGCGGAUGCCAGCGCCGCGAGGAGAUCUUGAAGUCACUGUUCAACAUCCGAUCGUUUAAGAACCUUACGGAAGAGCAGCUCGAGGUGUUCCAGCGGCACGAGUUCGCCACGCGCAAGUGGAACAUCGUCGGUACCACCGUGUUCAGCGUCGACUGCACCAAAGUGUCGGCCAUCGGCAAAACCUGCCACGAGUGCCUGUCGCUGUACCGCAACAAGAACUUUGUCAACACGCUGUGCAAGUACCGCUCCCGCGCCCAAAAGCUAGCGGACGGCGUGAUCAACGAAAACUACGUCAAGUACAUCCCGCGCAUGUAUGUGCAGCACCCUGGCGCCAAGCUCGCCCAGUCGUUUGAGAACCAGCGGUUCAAAACAGUGAUUUAAUGUCGUGCAUCUCUCGUGAAAAGGAUUUCUAUUCUAUAAACUAGGUAAACAUACAUAUACAACAUGCGAACCACCGAG